AUGUCCGGGAGUGGGACUCGUUACUUUCAAAUGCAACAGGAGCAGUUGCCGACGAUGAUGUCGUCUUUGUUAUCGUUUCAAGGACCUACUCCCGAGUCCACUCGAAUUUUUGAUGAGUUGCCCAAGGCAACCAUUGUUUCCGUCUCCAGGCCAGACGCUGGUGAUAUCAGCCCCGUCCUUCUAUCUUAUACCAUUGAAUUUCAAUACAAACAGUUUAAGUGGCUGCUAGUAAAGAAAGCCUCCCAAGUCUUCUAUUUGCACUUUGCAUUGAAGAAACGUGCAUUUAUUGAAGAAAUCCAUGAAAAGCAGGAGCAGGUUAAAGAAUGGCUUCAAAAUCUAGGAGUGGGAGAUCAUACACCAGUUGUGCAAGAUGAUGAUGAUGCUGAUGAUGAGACUAUUCCUUUGCAUCACGAUGAAAGUGCUAAAAACAGAGAUGUACCUUCAAGCGCUGCUUUCCCAAUCAUUCGGCCUGCCCUUGGAAGACAACAUUCCAUGUCAGACAGAGCAAAGACUGCAAUGCAAGGAUAUCUGAAUCACUUUCUAGGAAACAUGGAUAUUGUCAAUUCUAGGGAGGUUUGCAAAUUUCUGGAAGUUUCCAAGUUGUCAUUUUCACCUGAGUAUGGCCCUAAGCUGAAAGAAGACUUCGUUAUGGCAAAACAUCUACCAAAAAUUCCUAAGCGUGAUAACAAUAGGAAGUGCUGUGGAUGCGGUUGGUUCAGUUGUUGCAAUGAUAACUGGCAGAAGGUGUGGGCUGUAUUAAAACCUGGAUUCUUGGCCUUACUGGAAAAUCCGUUUGACACCAAGCCUUUAGAUAUAAUUGUUUUUGAUGUGCUACCAGCUUCAGAUGGGAAUGGCGAGGGCCGAGUAUCAUUAGCAACAGAAGUAAAGGAGCGUAAUCCUUUACGCCAUGCAUUUAAGGUGACUUGUGGAAAUCGGAGUAUAAGGUUAAGGGCCAAAAGUAGUGCAAAAAUUAAAGAUUGGGUUGCUGCAAUCAAUGAUGCUGGACUUAGGCCUCCUGAGGGCUGGUGUUAUCCUCAUCGCUUUGGCUCUUUCGCUCCUCCAAGAGGUUUGACUGAAGAUGGAAGUCAAGCUCAGUGGUUUGUAGAUGGCAGGGCAGCCUUUGAAGCUAUUGCUUCAUCAAUUGAAAAUGCUAAAUCUGAGAUAUUCAUUUGUGGUUGGUGGCUCUGCCCAGAACUGUAUCUACGACGUCCUUUUCUUGCUCAUGCUUCCUCCCGGCUUGAUGCUUUGUUGGAGGCUAAAGCUAAGCAAGGAGUUCAGAUUUUCAUUCUUCUCUACAAAGAGGUUGCUCUUGCUUUGAAAAUCAACAGUGUGUACAGCAAGAGAAAGCUUCUUGGCAUUCACGAGAAUGUGAGAGUAUUACGUUAUCCUGACCACUUCUCUAGUGGUGUUUACCUCUGGUCCCACCAUGAAAAACUUGUCAUUGUUGAUUAUCAGAUUUGCUUUAUUGGAGGUCUGGACUUAUGCUUCGGUCGUUAUGACACAUUUGAACACAGAGUAGAUGAUAAUCCAUCUCUAGUAUGGCCUGGAAAGGACUAUUAUAACCCAAGAGAAUCUGAGCCUAAUUCAUGGGAGGAUACAAUGAAAGAUGAAUUGGAUCGAGAAAAGUACCCUCGAAUGCCUUGGCAUGAUGUACAUUGUGCUCUCUGGGGUCCACCCUGUCGUGAUGUAGCCAGACACUUCGUUCAGCGUUGGAACUAUGCCAAGAGAAAUAAAGCUCCAUAUGAGGAAGCAAUCCCACUACUUAUGCCACAGCAUCACAUGGUUAUUCCGCACUAUAUGGGAAGAAGCAAAGAGAUGGAGAUCGAAAGUAAGAAUGGUGAAGAAAAUUUUCAAGGAAUGAAAAGGCAGGACUCUUUUUCCUCCAUGUCAUAUUUACAAGACAUACCGCUGCUUUUGCCUCAAGAACCUGAAGAGCAGGAUGGUUCCACUGGAGCCUUAAAACCAAAUGGUUUAGAUUCAAACCCCAGCAGAAGUGUUCCUUUCUCUUUCCGGAAGUCCAAAAUUGAAGAUCCAGUUACAGAUACACCAAUGAAAGGCUUCGUAGAUGACCUUGAUUCCCCGGAUCAUCAUGUUGAAAUGUCUUCAGAUCUAUUGUCACAGCGGAAUCCCAAAACUCAAGGUCCAGACUGGUGGGAAACACAAGAGCGUGGUGAUCAGGUUGGUUCUGCUGAUGAAACUGGACAAGUUGGUCCCCGUUCUUCAUGCCAUUGUCAGAUCAUACGGAGUGUCAGUCAGUGGUCUGCUGGAACUAGCCAAAUUGAAGAGAGUAUUCACUGUGCUUAUUGUUCUCUUAUUGAGAAAGCAGAACAUUUCAUCUAUAUUGAGAAUCAAUUUUUCAUAUCAGGUCUCUCUGGAGAUGAAAUUAUAAGGAAUCGGGUCUUGGAAGCACUAUACCGGCGUAUUAUGCGAGCAUAUAAUGAAAACAAGUGUUUCAGGGUUAAUGUCAUACCACUCCUGCCGGGUUUUCAGGGUGGUAUUGAUGAUGGUGGUGCAGCAUCUGUUAGAGCAAUAAUGCAUUGGCAGUACCGAACAAUUUGCCGAGGGCAGAAUUCCAUAGUGCAUAACCUUUACGAUUUCCUUGGGCCAAGAGCUCAUGAUUAUAUUUCCUUCUAUGGGCUUAGAUCUUAUGGUAAACUUUUUGAUGGUGGGAUGGGGCAGAAGAAGGAACAAGGGACAACUAAGCCUCUAGGACAGGAUAAAGGGAAUAUCAUUUUUAGUUUCUGCUUCUUUGAUAUAAGGAUGCAGGAGGGGGAAAUAAGGCUCUUGCAUAGCAUAUUCAAUUUGCACAGCUUUGACAUUGCAGUGCUUAUUGAAGACAAGGAACUAGUUGAUUCAUACAUGGGAGGGAAGCCAUGGAAGGCUGGAAAAUUUUCAUUGAGUCUCCGCCUUUCCCUGUGGUCUGAACACCUUGGUCUUCGUGCCGGAGAGGUCAAGCGAGUUACUGAUCCUAUAAUUGAUUCGACAUACAAAGAUAUAUGGGUUGCAACUGCAAAGACAAAUACCACAAUCUACCAGGAUGUCUUUUCUUGCGUGCCUAAUGACCUGAUACAUUCCAGAGUUGCAUUUAGACAAAGCUUAAGCUUCUGGAAAGAAAGACUUGGCCACACAACUAUUGAUUUAGGAAUAGCCCCUGAGAAGCUAGAAUCUUAUCAAAAUGGAGAUCUCAAGAAAACCAAUCCCCUGGACAGAUUGCGAUCAGUUUGCGGACAUCUUGUUUCUUUCCCCUUGGAUUUUAUGUGCAAAGAAGAUUUAAGACCUGUGUUUAAUGAGAGCGAGUAUUAUGCCUCUCCUCAAGUUUUUCAUUGAUUUUACCAAAUUAUUGAGCAGCAGAGCCUUAAAUUCACGGAAACAAUUUUUUUGUGAACAAACUGUAUACUAACUACGAUCGGAGGAAGCAAGAGAUCUAUAUUUUUUCCCUUCAUUUAUUUCUUGUUCAUACUAGUAUUUACAUAGAUAUCAGAUGAGAGAGAGAGAGAGAGAGAGAGAGAGAGGCCUCUAUUUAUUCAAGCCUCUUUAAGGAUGUAAUUGUUGUAUAAAUAUAAAAUUCAUUUACUUAUGUUUUAUUUUUUUUUACUUCAUUUGGUAGAUAUGUCUUGGUUGUAUCUAUAAAGUGGGAACUGGUUAAUGACAGACGGUUGGUUACAGGUUAUACCACAUCACACGACAUACUGACUGACUUGUCGAGAAUAGUUUUUACUCAUCA